AAAGGCUCCGCGAGGCUCCCUCCUGCAGCUGCCCGCCGCCCCUCUGCUCCGCGCACCAUGUCUUGCUCUUCCGCCCGCCUCGGCGCCCCCUGCGGGGACCGCGCCUUCAGCUGCGCCUCGGCCUGCGGGCCCCGGCCAGGCCGCUGCUGCAUCUCCGCCGCCCCCUACCGCGGGGUCUCCUGCUACCGAGGCCUCACUGGGGGCUUCGGAAGCCGCAGCGUCUGCGGGGGCUUCCGCGCCGGCUCCUACGGAAGCAGUUUCGGAUACCGCUCCGGGGGCGUGUGUGGACCCAGCCCUCCCUGCAUCACCUCCGUGUCAGUCAACGAGAGCCUCCUCACACCCCUCAACCUGGAGAUCGACCCCAACGCCCAGUGCGUGAAGCAGGAGGAGAAGGAGCAGAUCAAGUGUCUCAAUAGCAGGUUUGCUGCCUUCAUUGACAAGGUGCGCUUCCUGGAGCAGCAGAACAAGCUGCUGGAGACCAAGUGGCAGUUCUACCAGAACCGCCAGUGCUGUGAGAGCAACCUGGAGCCGCUGUUCAACGGCUACAUCGAGACGCUGAGGCGGGAGGCCGAGUGUGUGGAGGCCGACAGUGGGAGGCUGGCCGCGGAGCUCAACCAUGUGCAGGAGGUGCUGGAGGGCUACAAGAAGAAGUAUGAAGAGGAGGUGGCACUGAGGGCCACAGCAGAGAAUGAAUUUGUGAUACUGAAGAAGGAUGUGGACUGUGCUUACCUGCGCAAGUCAGACCUGGAGGCCAACGUGGAGGCCCUGACCCAGGAAAUCGACUUCUUGCGGCGCCUGUAUGAGGAGGAGAUACGUGUGCUCCAUGCCCACAUCUCAGACACCUCAAUUGUUGUCAAGAUGGACAACAGCCGAGACCUGAACAUGGACUGCGUCAUUGCUGAGAUCAAGGCUCAGUAUGACGAUGUCGCUAGCCGCAGCCGGACUGAAGCAGAGUCUUGGUACCGUAGCAAGUGUGAGGAGAUGAAGGCUACAGUCAUCAGGCACGGGGAGACCCUGCGGCGCACCAAGGAGGAGAUCAAUGAGCUGAACCGCAUGAUCCAGAGGCUAACGGCUGAGGUGGAGAACGCUAAGUGCCAGAACACCAAGCUGGAGGCCGCGGUGACCCAGUCUGAGCAGCAGGGCGAGGCCGCCCUGGCGGAUGCCCGCUGCAAGCUGGCGGGGCUGGAGGAGGCCCUGCAGAAGGCCAAGCAGGACAUGGCCUGCCUGCUCAAGGAGUACCAGGAGGUGAUGAACUCCAAGCUGGGCCUGGACAUCGAGAUCGCCACCUACCGGCGUCUGCUGGAGGGCGAGGAGCAGAGGUUGUGCGAGGGUGUUGGUGCAGUGAAUGUCUGUGUCAGCAGCUCCCGAGGCGGAGUCGUCUGUGGGGACCUCUGCGUGUCUGGCUCCAGACCCGUGAUAGGCAACGCCUGCAGCGCCCCCUGCAGCGGGAACCUGGCGGUGAGCACAGGCUUGUGCGCACCUUGUGGACAAAGCUGUGGCAGCAGCCGCUCAGUGCACUUUGCAUAGCGCCCCUUCUGCUUUGUAAAUACUCUGCUCCACGCCAACCGUCCUGCCUCCUACAUCAGGCCCCAGGGUCCCCCAAGACCCCCGAUCUUGACAUGGAAGGACUUCGGGAGCCUACCCAUUUGUUCAGUCCGAACAACUGCUCUUUCUCCUCGCACCUCACUCACCACUUGUCUCUUCAUUUCUUCUAGAAGGACCAGGUUUCUCAGCCUGAGGUCUGGCAGCUCUCCCAGACCCCUGCCCCUUAGUGUCUAAAUGAGAUCUAGUCAUGAUCAGGGCUGUUGAGGACAGAGCAAGAUUGGACCACCGUGCCCUCAAGAGACAAACUGCCCCCUGCACAUGGAUGCCAGUGUGCUGAGCACACCAUGCCUCCAUCACCUUCUAGUCCCAGGACUCCAGGAGGCCAAGGAGGUGCCUCCCAGGAACAACUAUGCUGGACACCCUCUCUAGCUCCCUUGUACUUGUUCCGUAGGUGUUGCAAUAAAGCUCUGAAUCAUAUAAAAA